UAACUCUUUUUUGUUAAUAUUCAUCUCCUUUUCUUCAAAAAAAAAUAUUGAGAGGUUUUCUUCUUUCUUGAAACUUAAAUCUCAUAUCUUUGUGUGAAAAUAAAAUAUAUAUUUCAGAUAAAGGUGAAGUAAUGGGUACGUUUGUCCUAUGUAAGGAAGCCACAUUCAUCACCAACUUAGCAUUUUUCGGUGGGAUUGAAUUGCUACUUGUAGAGGCUGGUUUUGGACCUCGUACGGUAUGGACUAUGGAGUAUGGUUCCGGGUUUAGAUUAUAAGAAAGAAAGAAAGAAAGCAUCACACUCUUGUUUGAGAGUUAAAUGACAACCUUUGACACGGGUAUCAUGGGAUUUUGAUUUUGACUUCUAUUUAAUUCUUCUCUUCUCAUCCUUUUACCACUUUUGGUUCCUCUUUUUUAUUCUUUGAAAUAAAUAUUCAGCAGAGGAAGAAAAAAAAAAGGAACUUUCUUUCUUUUUGGAGGGGUGUUCCUUUUCUUUGGUGGAUUUUUGGUAUUGAUCAGGAGUAAUUGUUUAAGCUAUUUGUUAGUUGUGAAAAUAAGAUAAUGGGAUUUGGAGUUUUUUCACCAAUGAUAGGCCAAAGCUUACAGUGUAGAGUUCCCCUUUCUCGUUCUUCUUUUUCUUGUUCUUCUUCCGAAGUACCUGCAAUUUCUUUUCCAAAUAAACUUAUUGGAAAAAGUCCAGCUUUGACUCAUGGAUUAGUACUUCGUUCUUGGGACUCUUUUGGUUUGAGGCAUUCCAGAGUUUGUAGAGCUAGUUUUGGUGAUUUCUCAGAUGAAGAGUUUUCGAAUCAGAUUGAAGAAUUGCCUCAAAAACUCAGUCUUCCAGAUGAACAAGAACAUGAUGAUGUGGAAAAGAAGGAUGAAAGCACUAAAGUUUAUCUGAAUUUGAAGUACCCAGAUGGAGAAAAUUACAAAAACAACAGUUUUCCAAUUCCAUUUUCGAGUUUCAAGUUCGAUUCUUCACGGCCUCCACUGCUUGGUAUUGAGCCAGAACCACCUAAAUGGCCAGAAAGAACAGAAAUUGUGAGAGCUAGCAUUGAAAGAAAGGCCAACAGCAUUGAACUUCCUUUGUCUCUUCGGAUAAUAAGGAAACAGAGAAAAUGGGAAGAGAAAUAUAGAAAAACUGAAGAUUCCACCUACUGCUCUGUCAGCAAGGUUUUCUCUUGUAUGGUUUUCAUGGUAAGAGAGCUUCAGACUUGUGCUUUGAGCUUAAGGGAAAACCUUUAUGAUGAAGAUUUGCAAGAGAUUAUAACCAAGAUGCAGAGAGACAUGAAUGUCUCAUUUGUUUGGCUCUUUCAGAAUGUCUUUUCUCGAACGCCUACUCUCAUGGUCUAUUUGAUGAUCCUUUUACCAAAUUUUAUUGUACAAUCUAUGUAUGAUAACGUUUAUUGUGGAUCAAUUAUGUCUUUGCCUUCUUAUAAUGGGGACAAAGCAAAUUCCUUAGGGAUUGGAACGAAGGGUUCAGUCCAGUUCCCUCAUUUUGUAAAUGACAAUAGAAAUGAGGUUCCAUUUUUGGGGAUAGAGGAGUUGAAUAUGGACAAGGAGGAGAUUAAUUUGUGGGACUCAUUUUUGGAUGAAGCUUUAAAAAUGCAAGCAGAAUCAUGGGGUGAAGCCCUUGAUCAGGAAACAUUACAACAAUUGGUGUCUCCGUUUAAUGUGCAGCUUGAACAAGAUGAUUAUGAACACCACUUCAGAACUGAUCUGUCAUACCAGAUAGGUCUAGCUCGUGAACACAACAAUCCUCUUCUACUGUCUAAUUAUGCACAAUUUCUCUAUCUCGUUUACCAUGACAAUAACAGAGCUGAGGAGUGCUUCCGGCGUGCUGUGGAGGCGGAGCCACCCGAUGCAGAGGCUUUGAGCCGGUAUGCGGACUUCUUGUGGAUUGUAAGGAAAGACCUUUGGGGAGCUGAAGAGCGGUAUCAACAGGCUAUGGCAAUGGAGUCAAAUAACUCUUACCAUGCCUCUAAAUACGCCAAUUUCCUAUGGAGCACUGGUGGUGAUGAGACUUGCUUUCCUCUGGAUUCUUCCCAUGAAAACUGCCACAAAGUUUUGUAAUUUAGUUUUGUAGCUCUGCUUCUGCUCUUCUUUGUUUUACGUAUAAUCUCUCAAAGGUGGUCACUUGGGGAAAGAAAUUUUCCUGGUCAUAAUUUGAUCCAGCUGUGUAUUCCCAAGUGUGGUUAAGGAAAUUAAAUUAGUACAAUACGAGAUGUAAAAAAAAAACACUAUGAGAAUUUAUGAUCGGCUUAACAAUAAUUUUAUGUAGGCAAACGAAUAACGGCUAGUAAUAUUGCCGCUGCUUCUCUUGUGGUUGUAAUAAGUUAAUAUUGCUUUGAGUCAAAUUAAUAGAUCACACUUCUUAACUUUCACUUG